CUCGCACAUGUUUUCGAUGGGAACAGGAAGACACGUGUGACAAGAAGUAAACCAAGCUGAAAAACUGUUAAGAUUGCUAAACUGCUGUAGUUUCAUGAGAAAACAAUAGGGCUGUUAUCAUGCACAAUCCUGGAUAUUUUCCACCGCCAGAUUUUAACUGUCCACCUCCAGGGCCGAUGCUAAGGCCGCCGAUGUUCAACUGGAGACCUCCACCGCCUGGUGGGUUUCAUCCAGAAAACGCAAAUUGCUUCGAGCCACCAGCCGGGCCUUGGGGCUUCAACCCGGCAUGGAAUAGUUACGGAGGGCCUGGUCACCAGAACGCUGGAUUUGAAAUUUACCGACCAUACCCUAAAUUCGGACAUAAACGUGGACGCCAAGAAAAUGGACCGAAUCAGAAAAUGGGAGGAACAAAGAAAAAGAAAAAAGAACCACAGUUUACCCAUUUUUGUGACUCUUGCGACCGAGGCUUUAAAAAUCAAGAAAAGUACGAUGAACAUGUUGCGCAGCAUGUCAAGUGUUCAGUGAAAGAUUGCAGUUUCACGGCUCACGAGAAGCUGGUUAAUAUUCAUUGGAAAAAUAACCAUGCACCAGGAGUCAGGAGGAUCAAACUGGACACUCCAGAUGAAAUUGCAAAAUGGAGGGAAGAGAGGCGGAAGAACUACCCCACUGUGUCUAAUGUAGAAAAGAAGAUGAAGCUGAUGGAAGAGCGAGAAGAGAGAGGAGAAGUGCUAGAGACAGCCCAGUUUGGGCGGAUGAGGGGCAGAGGGCACACGCGGGGUAACAGGGGCCGUUGGUCCCGUCAGCAUGGGGGAAGGUUUCGGAAUUCCCAGGGAAGGGGGUGGAUAACACCAGGAUCCAAUGAUAAUGAGGAGAGACAGACAGAAAGACCAUCUCAACCCUCCAAACAGACCUUAAAUGAGGGAGACCCGCUUGGAGCCCUCGCCAACAGUGACCCAGACUCGGACAAGGACGAAGCCGCAGACGGCAGGACGGCAGGCCUGACUGUGACCCCGAAACACAUGACCUCUGGGCUGAGUGCCCUGGUGGCCAGCUAUGGCUACGAGUCCGAUAGCGACAGCGACCAGGAGCCUGUGGGUGAGUCAUUUGACUGGCCGCCGCUCAAAGCCGAAUCCCAGAGGGUUUACAUUUCAUUUCUAAUCUGUUUAAGAGGGAAAGUUCUCUCACUAAAGACCCGUGCUGACAGUCUGCCUGUCUGGCUGGUCUGA